AUGGUUGUCAUUUCUUUUUAUUUCUCUAUAUCUAUAUUUAUCUAUCUAUCUAUCUAUCUAUCUAUCUAUCUUUCUGUCUGUCUGUCUGUCUAUCUAUCUAUCUAUCUAUCUAUCAGUUCAUCUAUAAUCUUCUAUUCUUAUUUUUCUUCGAUUAUUUUCUUUCAUUGCCCUGUCUUUCUUUUUUUUCCUUUCAUUUUUCUUCUUUCUUUUUUUUUCUUUGAUUUAUUCCUUUUGUUUAGUUCUUUUACCCACCUUUCUUCACUCUUUCUUUCUCUUACUCUUUUUUCUCACUCACCCCUACUUUCUUUUUUUUUACUUUUAUUUUCCUUCAACCUUUCUUUCUCUUUCCUUCUUUUAUUCCUGAUUAUUUUUCCAUUUUCCCUUCCUUAUUUUUCGUUUCAUUUCCUCUUUUGUAUCUUCCCUUCCAAAACUCUUAUAAUGCAUACAUGCCUCUAA